CAGGAGCAGCUGGAAGUAAAAUAAUCAUCACAACUCGCAAUGAGCGUGUUGUAGAAAUGAUGGGAGGAGUGGAUAAAGUUUGCAGUCUAGAAGUAUUGAAGGAUGAAGAGUGCUUGUCAGUGUUUGCUCAACAUGCAUUGGGAACAGACAAUUUUGAUGCAUACCCAAAUUUAAAAGAAAUUGGUAAGAAAAUUGUUAAAAGGUGCAAAGGAUUGCCAUUGGCUGCAAAAACCCUUGGGGGCCUUUUAUGUGGUAAGUUAAAUUGUCCUGCAUGGGAACACAUUCUAAAUAGUGAAAUAUGGGAGCUGAAAGAAACUGAAAGUAACAUUCUUCCAGCUUUAAGAUUGAGUUAUCAUUAUCUUCCUUCUUAUUUGAAGCCAUGUUUUGUCUAUUGUGCAUUGUUUCCUAAAGACCAUGUGUUUGAGAAGAAACAGCUUGUUUUGUUGUGGAUGGCAAGUGGGGUUUUACAGCAACAAUCAAUAGAAGCUGGUCAUCAGUAUUUCAAUGAGUUAGUUUCAAGAGCAUUUUUGCAGCAAUCUAGCAGGACAGAGUCAAGGUUUGUGAUGCAUGAUCUCAUACAUGAUUUGGCUCAAUUUGUUGCUGGAGAAUCAUGCUUCAAUCGUGAACAUAUGUUUGAGGUUGAUAAAAAAUCAAAAGUGAAUUAUGAAAAAGUUCGUCAUUUGUCUUACAGUCGUGACUGGUAUGACAUCUCUAAGAAAUUUGAAGUCUUGAAUGUCAUGAAGUGUUUGCGAACAUUCAUUCCGGUUGGCUCAAGGGGGAGCUGUAGUCUAUCAAAUACAGUGGUGCAUGAUUGGCUGCCAAAAUUAAGAUGCUUGAGGGCACUAUCUCUUGAGCAUUAUAACAUAAAGAAGUUGCCAGAUUCAAUCGGAGAUUUAAUACAUUUGAAGUACCUUAAUUUGUCAAGAACUCUAAUUGAAAGCCUACCUGAGUCCGUGGGUUUCCUCCUCCAAUUACAGACACUGUUGCUCUUUAACUGCUGGACAAUUUUGAAGUUACCUGUGACAAUUGGAAACUUAGUUUACCUCCAUCAUCUAGAUAUUGAAGGUACGAGUUCCUUGAAAGAGAUGCCAUCAGAAAUAGGUAAUCUUAAGAAUCUCUUAACAUUGUCAAAGUUGAUUGUGGGGAAGGAAAAUAGAUUGAUGAAAUUAUCUAACUUGAAAAACUUCUUACAACUUAAAGGAAAACUGUCUAUUCUGAAUCUAGAGAAUCUUUUGAAUGGUCAAGAUGCUAUGGAGGCUGAUCUAAAGAAUAUUGAUGGUCUUGAUGAGUUGCAUUUGGAGUGGACUUCUGAUUCUGGUAAUACGAGGAAUAAAACCAGUGAAGAAAUGCAGAUCCUCAAAUGGUUAAAACCUCAUUCAAAUUUGAAGAGUCUCACAAUUGUUUCCUAUGGUGGCCAAGAAUUCCCUUCUUGGAUUGGUGAUCCAAUUUUUUCUCAUUUAUCAUGUUUGGAGCUUAGAGAUUGUAAGAGAUGCACUUUGUUACCAUCACUUGGGCUAUCACCUGUUCUCAAAAAAUUGAUUAUUGAAGGCAUGGAAGGAAUAGAAGUAGUGGGUCCAGAGUUUUAUUGCAAUGGAACUUUUUCAUCACUAGAGAAUCUGGUUUUCCGAAACAUGUUAAAUUGGAAGGAAUGGAUUUCUCCAACUAGAAAUGGAGGUGAAUUCCCUCGUCUUGGCCAUCUUAAGAUUGAAAAUUGUCCCAAGUUGACAAGACAAUUACCCAGCCAACUUUCUUCUCUGGUGAAUCUUGUGAUAAGUGGAUGCCCAGAGUUAAGAUGCUCAUCUACCACAAGUCUUGUGUCACUUAGAAAUCUUUAUAUUAGAGACUGCAAUGCUAUUCUUUUGAAGAGCAUGAUUGAUCUCACCUCUCUCUCUCAAUUGAGCAUUGAGAAUAUUUCAGAGAUGUCUUGCUUGCCUAUGUGUUUUACACAGUUCUUAACAGCUCUUGAGAAUCUUGAAAUUGAAGGGUGCAAAGAACUUACUUGUUUAGAAAUGAACAAUUUUGGCGAGCCUUCUCUUAACACGCUAAUAUCCACAUGGACCGGUUUUUGAAAGCUAGAAAAGCCCACCUAAAUCUUCAUGAUCCAGGCCCAAGCUUGAGUUAUUACCAUCAAUACCUAAUUAUUUGAUUAUAAGCUUCCACGAAGGGAAUGAUCUAUGAUUUCCUGUAGUUGUUUGAAAAAAAAAUAAAUAAAUAAAAGAUUAAAAUCAUUAAUACAUUUAUUUCAAUAAAAUAUUGAAUACUCUGAACCCAAGAGGUUAGGCAUUGUUUCGAUCUAGAACAGCCAGGCUGACUGGUCUUUCAUUUCCAAUCCUUCUAACCACACCUGUUGUACAUGCAUCCAGGUAAACUCAUGUGAAGCAUCACACUCCUAGAAUCCACAAAUCAAUCAUCUCAGCAAAUAAUUUUUAGUAGUCGGUUUACAUAUUAUAAAGUUAUAUCUUCUUUUUACCUUUCACACUUAUCUUUGUAGUUGUUGCACAACAGUGCCGCUCUUCACCUACAAAAGUUAGCAAGUCAACUGAAUGCACAAGAAGAUCAAUAGACACAGCUCAGUGUUGGUGACAGUUUGAACAAUAGUGGCGUACAAAUUCUGUAAACAUGAGCUACCUUGUAACCAGUUGGCUACUUAUAUUAGGAGUAACGGCUUAUAUUUGAACUUGGAACUUCUCUUUUCUAAGAAAUAUGUGUAAAAUGAAGUAUUUGGAUGACAAGUUAAUCCUUAAGAGCACUAUUCCUGGGAUUCUUGGAAUGCUCUGUCAAUAUGUCAUCCAAGUUUUUUACACAAAGCUUAAAACAAUGAUUUGCUCUGGAGCAACAUUUAACAGAUUUGAAGAGCCUGCCAUGGAUUGGUCUCUAUAAAUAAAAUAAAAAGGAAAGCAAGGAAGGGCUCAAAAGCAAAUACGUUCACAUGCAAAUUCAUAAUAAAUGCAGUUACUCUGAUAUAUCUAAGUUGAUAUCUAAGUUGGAGAGACAGGCAGUUACUCCCAUAUCCACAAAGAGAUGAAUGCUAAAAAGGUGCAUAAAUAAAUGCAGAUAUGACAU